AUGAAACAAAUCUCCCUGGAAGACUUGCAGACGUUUGAAUUCCAGAGUAUCCUGAAUGAAGAUCCUGUGGGGAAGAGCAUCACCCUGCUUGGCAGCUUCGCGAGAGGAUCUGUUGGUCCACCGCAGCCGACCCAGGACGGAGAGCGCGACAGAGCCAUCGUGCGCAUAGGAAAGACUGCAUUCGACCUUGAAAGCGCCAAAAAGCCCUUCGUUGGUCUCAUCGAGCGCAUCGAAGCAGUAGAAUCUACAGACAUUUAUACCUGGCUCCUAGGAUGGUUUGCGACCAAUCGGGACCGCGAUGUCAAGAUAGACCUCAUUUGUCCUGCCACGGAUGUACAUAUAAGAAAGUACACAGAACAACAGAUAAUUAUGGUUCACGAAACCCCAGAGAUUUACGAAGCAGUAGUAAAGCCAUACAUCGCUGCCUUCCCGGCGGCGAGGACAAAAUGGGUGGACGACAUCCUCUCCGGUCUGUCGGAAGCCGACAAAGUUUUAUAUGAUUGUCCAGACUUCACCAUCCUUCCCGACAUGAAAUGGGAUCUCACAACCAUGUCGGCUUUCUACAUUCUUGCCAUUGCGAGGGACGCCUCUAUUCGCAGCUUAAGGGAUCUCACGAAAAAUAAAGGUCAUGUUCAGCUACUCAAAUCUAUCCGUACGGAAGCCGGUAGAGUAGCUCAGGAGAGGUUCGGUCUUCCGAGUGACCGACUACGGAUGUUUGUUCACUACCAACCCAGUUAUUAUCGAUUCCACGUCCACAUCGUCCAUGCCAAUCAUGUGGGUACGUUGGGCAGUACCGUCGGCCAGGCGCAUCUCUUGGAUGACAUUGUUUCUUUGCUGGAGCUCGAGGUAGACGAUCAGCCUGGUAUUUUUAAGCGCACAACCUUAACAUAUGGGCUCGGUGACCAGCAUGGCUUGUUGGGACCAAUCCAGCAAUACGAAAACGGUCAUUGA